AUGGCACCGGUCCUAUACCAAUGCACGGUUUGUUUAAAUCAUUAUAAAAUAAAACCGGACGGUAAACUAUAUCGACAUGGAGGCAAAGUGAAGGGCCAGGAAUGCCCUGGUUCGUUCAAGGCAGCCGACCAGCCUCCGGCUGGUUCAUCUGCUUCCGUGCGACCGCCGCUUACCGCUGCACCUGUCAUCAACCCUCAUGUUGCUACACGCGGUUCUUUGGCGUCAGUCUCGGAGAGUCCCUCCCAAGUGGAUUUUUUUCAUGUUUUUGACAGGCUGACGGUCGUUUUGAGGACUGCCCAUCUGUAUGAUCACGUUCCCAAACCGUGCAGAGACAAGGUAUCUAAAGCAUUGUCGGCUUUAUUGACGGCCGUUUGCGAUGAUCCCUGCGACGCGGCCCAUUGGUGCAGGCUCCAAUGUUUUUUCGCAUUUGUUUUGUUCAAGCCAACCAGGGGCGGUCGCAGGACUAAUCAAGCCAAUUACGUUAUUAAACGGUUGGCCGAAUUCAGUUCGACCGAGGUCGAGUUUAUUGUGGCAAGCUUCAACACUGACCACAACACCAAACCGCGUAAGCACAAUCCAAACAGUUGGAUUAGUGCAGUAACCACUCGGAUUGAACAGGGCAGUCUCUCGGCGGCCGUCAGACUUGCUUGUUCGCCCGCAGGCCUGGCGGAGAGCUCGCCUGAGACACUCGCUAAACUCAAAGCUAUUUAUCCCAGUGCUCCAUUGAACAGGCGAGCUUUCCCCGCGCAGGAGCCGUCCAAUGGUUGCGUUUCACCAGCCCAGGUGUUGACGGCUUUAAAGUCGUUUAAUAAUGGUUCAUCGGGAGGCCUUGAUGGCUUGAGGCCUCAGCACAUAAAGGAUUUACUUUCCGGUCCGACGCCCACCGAUGAAUUGUUAAAUAACCUCACCCGGUUUGUAAAUUUGUUGUUAUCUGGGGUCUGCCCUCCCGCGGAACCGUCGGGCAUUGCGGCGCACGACGGUAAGCGCCCUGACGGGUGUACCUUGAUCCCUUGGAGAGCCGGCAGGUGCUUGGCGUGGGACGUUACCGUUCCGGGCACCUUUGCUGAGCGCUACGUGCAGCUUACUAGCAAAGAAAGCGGUUUGGCUGCAACCAGGGCAUCUGACGAGAAGAUCAAAAAGUACGACGGAGCUCUCCCCUCGAUGGAGUUUUUACCGAUUUGUAUCGAGGUCCUCGGCCUCAUGGACCGUAUCACCUCCGGGUUUUUCAAUCGGAUUUGUAAAAAUAUCAGCAUUAGGUCAGGCGAUAGUAGGGAAUAUUUUUUUGCUAUGAAUAAUAUCUUGUGCAUUCUGCAGCGGUUUUUGCGCGUCUGUGUGUUGGAAAAUGUGGAGUUGAAUGCCGACGGGGUUGAGUGA